AUGGAUGCAAAGUAUAAAUAUGGAUUGAUCAAAGUUUUGGUUCCUGUACUAACGCUUCUCCGUUCAAAGCCACGAAGGGAAAAUCCUACAUUGUCACCAAAAAUCUGCAUCAUUGGUGCUGGACUUUCCGGACUCCGAUGUGCCGAUGUAUUACUCCAGCAAGGUUUCGAUGUUACCAUUUUAGAGGGGCGUGAUCGUAUCGGUGGAAGAGUUCAUCAGAUCAACCUCCCAUCCGGUCCCCUGGUCGAUUUAGGAGCAAAUUGGCUUCAUGGCAGUGAGGAUCAGCCUUUGUUAGAUAUUGCUAAAGCGACAAACACGGAGGUCCAUACAUGGGCUGAAAAGGGGAUAUGGUUUGGAGAAGAUGGAAGACCUCUCACUGAUGGCGAUGCAAUGAUGAAAGAAGUAUGGGAAAUCAUCCACGGAGCUUUCAAGUAUUCGGAGGAGAAUGCGGAAAGUAUUGAUCCUGAUAAGAGUCUUUAUGAUUUUAUAGAAGAAAAGCUUUUGGAAGCGUACCCUAAUGAUGCUGAAAGGAGAAGAAUCUCGAUACAGUUUGCUGAUAUAUGGGGAACUUUUGUUGGAAGUUCGGUCAAGAAACAAAGCUUGAAAUACUUUUGGCUUGAAGAGUGCAUCAAUGGAGAGAACAUUUUCAUGGCCGGAACAUACCAAAAUAUUCUCGCUCAUGUCGCCAAACCAGCUCUAGAGAAAGCUAAAAUACAGUUCUUGACGAAAGUUACUCUCGUGGAAACGAUCCCUGAUCGUGUCACUGUAUUCACGGACGACGGAACGAAACUAGACUUUGACGAGGUGAUAAUGACUACACCACUGGGAUGGUUAAAGAACAACAAACAAGCAUUUCAACCACCACUUCCAGCACGGUUUCUUUCCGCGGUGGAUUCUCUCGGCUUUGGUCGUCUCGAAAAGGUCUACAUAACAUUUCCCCGUGCCUUCUGGACCACCCCCGCGCUUUCCCCUGCCUCCCAAACAUUCGACGGUUUCACUCAGUGGCUAUCUCCAAAAUACACACCCGACACAAACCCUCAUAAAUGGCAUCAAGAAAUCGUCCCCCUCUCAUCUUUCACUGCCUCAAACGCUCACCCCACACUCCUCCUUUACAUCUACGGCGAGCAAUCUCUGCUUUUCGCCAAAGAUCUCUCUGCUCUCCAAACGCAAAAAGAGAAAGACGAAUACUUGAUUAAGUUUUUUAACCCGUACUAUUCACUCUUACCUAAUUUUGAUGAGGGUGAUGAGGGGUGUAGACCAAUAAGUUGUGUGGGGACGCAAUGGGUUAUGGAUGAGUUGGCGGGGAAUGGAAGCUACACAAAUUUUCAGGUAGGGUUGAAAGAGGGAGAUGAGGAUGUAAGGGUGUUGGGGGAAGGGUUUCCGGAGAGGAGGUUAUGGUUUGCGGGGGAACAUACCGCGCCGUUUAUUGCGUUGGGGACGACGACGGGGGCUUAUUGGAGUGGGGAGGCAGUGGGGAAGAGGAUUGUUGAAGCUUACGGGAUGGGUAAGGAGGGUAAAGAGGGUAAGGAGGGUGAGGAUAGUGGGUCUGCGUAG